AGGACAAUCUGCUGAACGGAACAAGUGUUUCUCAUACCUUUCGAUAAAGAAAACAAGUUUUCUUCAUCAGUGAUCACCACCCAAGCUUUCCCCAAAAAUAUGCGUUACAAAGCUGUAACAAACAAACAAAACCCAACUCUUAUCUUCAAAACUCUCUCUCUAAAAAUUUCGUAACUUUAUGAGUUUUGAAGUUUCAACACCAAUGGCGUCUUUUGAUUACUUGGAGAACAUGUAUGAUGUGAAGCUCAGGCCUCGACUGCUCCGUUUGCUUACGGAAGAGUACCUCACAGUCACAGGCCAAAACGACGCCGUUCCUACCCCUCCGGUGUUCACAUAUGUGGUUAAUGCCAUCAAGAACUUCGCUCUUCUCUCUGAAUCUUUCACUGAAUUGACCGACUCAAAGCUCGUCCAAGAUUGGAAGUCUUCAGUUGACGCCUGGGUUGAUGGCUUGCUCUAUCUCGUUUCUGGCGAUUCGCUGGUUGACUGUUGGCUAGGAACCUCUUUGCUAGGAGUGACUUGUCUAGAAUGCAGUUGUCAUCGUUUCUUGGUGUCCUACUCCGGUUGGCUUGAUAAGCUUCUGCAAAAUAUUAGGCCACCAAAAGCUUCCGAGUCUGUUAAAGCAGCUUCUUGUGCCUCCAUAUCAUAUUUAUUUACAAGGUUGGGUGGAUAUCCAAAUGUAAAGAGAGAAGGGAUAGCCCAUGCUGGGAAAUUUAUUCAUCCAGUUUUAAAUAUAUUAAUUGAGGAUGGCUCAGAGGCUUUAAUGGAAAGAGCAGUUGGUUUGUUAUGCACCAUUAUAACUUUCUUUCCACUAUCUAUACAUUCUGAUUAUGAAACUGUAGAAGCUGCUAUAGUUUCAAAAAUUAUUUCAGGGAGAUAUAGUGUUAAUACAUUGAAGAAAUAUGCUCAUUGUUUAGCUUUACUUCCGAGAUCAAGAGGAGAUGAAGAUAGCUGGUCCUUAAUGAUGCAAAAGUUAUUAAUAUCAAUAAAUCUUGAUCUCACUGCUGCAUUCCGUGGUCUAAAAGAAGAAACAGACCCCUCAGCUGCCUUAGCUAGUCUUUCGGAAGCGUCUGGUCAGUCAUUUAAGACACAAACUAGUCAGUUGCUUACCAACAGAGUCCCCACACUUAUGCUUUGCUGCUGUACUAUGCUUACAACUCCUUAUCCUGCUCAGGUGACUGUUCCUGUUGGUCCUUUAUUAGCAGUUGUUUGGAGGGUGCUGAUGGUGGAUGGAUCUUUGUAUCAACCAUUAUCUUCUUUUACAACUGUUAUGAAACAAGAACUCACUUGCUGCGAGCUUCCGAUUUUACACUUUUACAGUUUAGAUCUCCUUGCUGCUGUUUUAAAAGGAGUAAGCAGACAACUGUGGCCACAUACUGCAGAAAUUGUCAGAAUCCUAACAGCUUAUUUCAGGAGAUGUGCAUUGGCAGCACUAAGGAUAAAGGUGUACUCGGUUAUAAGGAUUUUGCUGAUGUCUAUGGGUGUCGGUAUAGCAUUGUCCAUUGACCAGGACAUCAUCAGCAAUGCAUUUGUGGAUUUGGAAUAUGUUGAAAAUGAAACAGGAAGAAUAUCUUCUAGUGCAGACUCAGAAACCAGUUCUAAAACCUUGCAGCAGCCAACCAGUCAAAAAAGGAAGCAUGUAACUGUGAAGCUUGAGGAUGAAGCAGGUUUGGAAGCGGAAGCUACCAAAAACAUUUUGAAUUCUCCUAUUUCUUUGAAGAUUGCUGCUCUACAGACAUUAGAAGUUCUUCUCAAUGUGGGUGGUGGUUUAAGUUCCGAGUAUUGGCAAUCAAGUGUUGAUUUUCUUCUAGUAACUGUAGCAACAAAUGUUUGUAAUGGAGAACUUGUCAGUGAAAAAGUGAGUGAUCUUGUGCCAGCCGAUGAAUGUAGUUCAACCUGGGCUGAUUUCCAGCUUGCAGCGUUACGUGCACUUUUGGCGUCUCUUCUUUCCCGUACUCGUGUUCAUCCCCCUUAUCUACAUCGUGGAAUUGAACUUUUUUAUAAAGGCAAACAAGGAGAGACAAAGAUCGCCGAAUUCUGUGCCCAUGCUCUUUUAGCCUUGGAGGUGCUCAUGCAUCCUAGGCAGCUACCAACAGUAGAAUUUCCCCCUACAAACGAAUGGUUCAACCACAAAAAUUCAGAAAAUAUAUGCUUGGGCGACCAGAAAAAUGAUGCCCUAUUGAGAACUCCUCUAGUAACGGAUAAUUCAGAUGGAGACAGUGACCUGCAUGAAACUUGGGUUUGUGAUGGCAAUGAAACCGAGGCUUCACCAAACAUUUCUGAUGACAACAUCAAAUCGGAAGAGCCUUCAGAACCAGAUUUCCUGCAAGUGAUUGAAGAUUUUCAAGCAGAAAACAUUCCAUUAGAUGGGUUGUCCAGUGCAAUUGCUCCAGAAGAAGUCCAGCAUGGACAUGCACAUCGUCAAACCAGAGCAAUUUCGAAUUCCCAAUCAACUGAAGAUAUUAAGGUUUGUGCCGAUAGUAGUGCAGGCUUUUAAGAAGCUUUUGAUGGUGGUGCAAGUUGAUCCUCCUAGCAACGAAAUGGCACCGCGCGGAGGAUGUUUUGUCAAGAUGCUGAAUAUGACUGGAAAAUAGGCAAUGCCGUGGCCACUCCUAUGGCAAUACUGAUUUCAGUGAGUUGAGUUAGGCAUGUGUUGGAGAGAGAACCAUAGAUGGUUAGUAAGGCACUGUUAUGGUUGAGUUUUGUUAAUGUAGCUGAACAUAUAUAUGGCAAGAAAUGGAGUGCUUGUGGAGUUUAUUUAUGAAUC